AUGAGAGUCCUUACACAAAGUCUGCAAACCAGGCAAAGCCACCUGAUGGAGCACUGUCUGUGAGGAGACAGAGUAUUCCAGAGGAAUUCAAGGGCUCAACAAUAGUUGAAUUAAUGAAAAAAGAAGGCACCACCCUAGGGCUUACAGUAUCGGGUGGAAUCGACAAGGAUGGGAAACCAAGAGUAUCUAACCUUCGUCAAGGAGGAAUCGCUGCUAGGAGUGACCAGCUGGAUGUAGGCGACUACAUCAAAUCUGUGAAUGGAAUCAACCUGACCAAAUUUCGCCAUGAUGAGAUCAUCAGCCUGCUCAAGAAUGUUGGCGAGAGGGUUGUUUUAGAAGUGGAGUAUGAGCUGCCUCCAGUCUCUGUACAAGGAUCAGGUCUCAUCUUUAGAACUGUGGAAGUUACUUUACAUAAAGAGGGGAACACUUUUGGAUUUGUAAUAAGAGGUGGAGCACACGAUGACAGAAAUAAAUCUCGUCCUGUUGUAAUAACAUGUGUUAGACCUGGAGGGCCUGCUGACAGAGAGGGCACAAUCAAACCCGGGGACAGGCUGCUGAGUGUUGAUGGGAUCCGACUGCUGGGUACGACACAUGCUGAAGCCAUGAGUAUUCUCAAACAAUGUGGACAGGAAGCGACUCUGCUGGUUGAAUACGAUGUCUCAGUGAUGGAUUCAGUAGCAACAGCGUCUGGGCCACUGCUAGUUGAAGUUGCCAAAACUCCUGGCGCUGCUCUUGGGGUUGCACUAACUACCUCGAUGUGCUGCAACAAACAGGUCAUUGUCAUAGACAAAAUCAAAUCUGCGAGUAUUGCAGACAGAUGUGGUGCAUUACAUGUAGGAGACCAUAUUCUGUCCAUUGACGGCACCAGCAUGGAGUACUGUACACUGGCAGAAGCAACGCAGUUUUUGGCUAAUGCAGCGGAUAAUGUCAAACUUGAGAUCCUUCCUCACCACCAGACACGGCUAGCACUGAAAGGCCCGGAGCAUGCAGCUUUGGUGUCUUCAUCCUUCUCUCCUACCUCCAUGAGUGCAUACAGCCUGAGUUCCCUGAACAUGGGGACCUUACCUCGCAGCCUCUACUCCACCAGCCCGCGUGGGACAAUGAUGAGGCGGAGGAUGAAAAAGAAGGACUUCAAAAGCUCCUUGUCUUUAGCCUCUAGCACUGUUGGUUUGGCUGGGCAGGUCGUCCACACAGAAACCACAGAAGUGGUGCUGACAGCUGACCCCAUAGUAGGGUUUGGGAUACAGCUCCAGGGUAGCGUGUUUGCUACUGAGACCUUGUCUUCUCCACCUCUCAUUUCCUAUAUUGAGUCUGACAGUCCGGCGGAAAGGUGUGGGGUGCUGCAAAUAGGAGACAGAAUAGUGGCAAUAAACGGUAUCCCGACGGAAGACAGCACAUUUGAUGAGGCCAAUCAACUGCUCAGAGACUCCUCUAUCACCAACAAGGUCACUUUGGAAAUAGAAUUUGAUGUUGCAGAAUCAGUUAUACCAAGCAGUGGAACAUUUCAUGUAAAACUACCAAAGAAGCAUAAUGUGGAACUUGGCAUCACCAUAAGUUCUCCAUCCAGCAGAAAACCAGGGGACCCUCUGGUUAUUUCUGAUAUCAAGAAAGGAAGUGUUGCUCACAGAACUGGGACGCUCGAACUGGGUGAUAAGUUGCUUGCAAUAGAUAACAUUCGACUUGACAAUUGCUCAAUGGAAGAUGCUGUUCAGAUCCUUCAGCACUGUGAGGACCUUGUAAAGUUAAAGAUCCGCAAAGAUGAAGAUAAUUCCGAUGAACAGGAGAGCUCUGGAGCAAUUAUUUAUACUGUUGAGCUCAAGCGCUAUGGUGGGCCUCUUGGAAUUACAAUCUCUGGUACUGAAGAGCCCUUUGAUCCCAUAAUCAUUUCCAGCCUUACAAAAGGAGGAUUAGCUGAAAGGACUGGGGCAAUUCACAUAGGAGACAGAAUCCUAGCAAUAAAUAGUAGCAGUCUGAAAGGAAAACCUUUGAGUGAAGCCAUUCAUUUAUUACAGAUGGCAGGAGAAACUGUCACCUUGAAAAUCAAGAAGCAGACAGAUGCUACCAGUCCCAAGAAAUUUUCUGUCCCUGUGGGUCACGUAAGUGAACUGAGCGAUGCUGAAGAUGAAACCUCUGCUGCACAGAAAUCUGGCAAACUCUCAGACAUCUAUUCCACUACAGUCCCAAGUGUUGACAGCGCCGUAGAGUCAUGGGAUGGCUCUGGUAUUGAUACCAGCUUUGGAAAUCAAGGACACAGCUAUCAGGCUUCAGGAUACAACUUCAAUGCCUAUGAAUGGAGGAGUCCUAAACAGACUAGUUUGUCCCCUCCAAGCAAACCGCGAAACCACCCGUUUCAUGAUACUGGGCUGAGUGAUGAUGAAUGGGACCGACCUACAGCAAGCAGCACAGCUUCCAAGAAUAUGUGGCAACAGAAGGAGACUGAGACAUUGGGAGAAAAUCAAGAAAACCAUUUAAAGCAAACUUCUGUAGAAAGAUCAGGGGGAGAGAGCAUCAGAAGCAUGAAGAAAGAGGGCAAGAUGUGGAAAGGUGCCUCUGGUGGGCAAAGGAAAGGUGGGGGACAGCUGGAAGAGUGGAAUACUUCCAGCUUCACAGGUACCCAUGAUACCAUCGAGGCUGACCAGGAGGAAAAUUUCUGGUCUCAGGCUCUGGAGGAUUUAGAGACCUGUGGCCAGUCAGGAAUUCUGAGGGAACUAGAGGACAAGGCUGACAGGCGUCUGUGUUUGAGAAACAUGACUCUCUUGGCCACAAUUAUGUCAGGAAGUACAAUGAGUUUGAAUCAUGAAAUCCCACAACCUCGUAGCCAGCUGGGAAGACAAGCCAGCUUCCAGGAAAGAAGUACUGUAAGGCCACACUACAGUCAAACUACUCGUAGCAACACGUUGCCAUCAGAUGUGGGAAGAAAGUCCAUGGUUCUGAGAAAAAUUAAGCAAGAAAUGAAAGAAAUCAUGUCACCAACUCCUGUGGAGUUACACAAGGUAACUUUGUACAAGGACUCUGAUGGAGAAGACUUUGGGUUCAGUGUCUCAGACGGUUUAUUGGAAAAAGGAGUGUAUGUUAAAAAUAUUCGACCAGCUGGCCCUGGCGAUCUGGGAGGUUUAAAACCAUACGACAGACUUCUACAGGUAAACCACGUUCGCACCAGAGACUUUGACUGCUGUCUAGUUGUGCCCCUCAUCGCAGAAUCUGGCAAUAAGCUGGAGCUGGUUAUUAGCAGAAACCCACUGGCAUCUCAGAAAGGAAGCUCAGAACAACCGCCUUCAGCAAGUGGGGAGUGGAGUGAUCAGACCAAUGCCUUCCUUCAACAGAGCGGACACGCUAGUGUUAAUACAGAGACACGGGAUCCUACAAAUACAUUAUAGCAGAAAGUCAUUUUAGUGGGACAUUCGGUAACGAAAGACAAUUAUGGUGCUAAAUCCCUUUAAGUUUUUUCUGAGAUUGAGGCUCAGAUGCUACAUAGCACUACAAAGCACAGGAGGUCAGUCUGUCUGUCUCAAGGCUUAUAUUAAUUCAUGGUUACUUUUGAACAAGUUUAAUUCUUCAUUAAGUCAGGUCAUUCCACUCUAACCCAUCUAGCGUUAGCAACAGUAUGAAAAAUCCUAAGGGCCUUUUUUCCCCCCCAAAUAAGAAACUGGGGAGGUGUUUUAAACAUCAUUUACAUGUUCCUCUCCCUUCAGCAGCAGCUGGUGUUUGAGGGAAAAGCACGGCGUUAACCUCUGCUAAUGGUGGUGUCCAGGUUACAUGGGUUUUAAGAACAUUUUAUCAGAAAGGUGCUGUCUGACGGACAAGGAAGAGUGGUAUGCUGCACCGGGUUUUCUUGUUAAAUGGCUAGAUCUGUGAUUUUGGGGACCUUUAUGCUGCUGGCAAGAAGGGUGCACUCUUCAGCCGAAGCACGGUUUAGAUGUUUUAACAGAACGCUUGUAGGAAGCUGCAGCAUGCAGUGAACGUUACUCCCCCACUUUGGUAAAUUUUGUUAGAACGUGUGUUACUCCCUAUGCAAUGAAAUACUCAACGGUAUGUCUUGCAACCUGUGGGGAUUUUUAAGCAGAGACUUUUUUAGUGGGAUGAAACCUCUGAAAGAGGAUUGCUGACGAGUAAAACCGUAAUGAGUUCAGACAAGUUAGGAAGGUUUUAAAAGAAAAUGGCUUUUUUUAAACUAUGUCAGUGGAAGAUUGAUACAAAAGCUCUUUAAUGAUCCAUAAACCUGUAAACUUGUACUGGCACACGUGAGCU